AUGUCAGAUAAUAAGCAAAUAUACUCAGCCAAGUACUCAAAUGUCCCCGUGUUUGAGUUUGUAACCGCUGAAGGUCCUAUAAUGCGACGUAAGCUGGAUUCGUGGAUCAAUGCAACCCAUAUACUCAAAAUCGCUAAAUUACCAAAAGCCAAGAGGACAAGAAUCUUGGAAAAAGACGUCCAAACAGGUAUACACGAGAAGGUACAAGGCGGGUACGGGAAAUACCAGGGUACCUAUGUCCCACUCGACUUGGGCGCAACAAUUGCCCGAAACUAUAGUGUUUACGAUUUGCUAAAACCGAUAUUCGACUUUAAAUAUGUCGAAGGAGAAACAGAAACUCCUCCGCCUGCACCAAAACACAAUCAUGCAAGUGCCUUGAAUGUCGAAAAACGACAAGCUUCUUUGAAUAGGAAAACGGACUCAAAAGCGCUGGCGUCUAGAUCUAAGCGACAAACAGCAGCAGCACCAACAACAACAACAGCAACAACAGCAACAACAAAAACAGCUGCUAGAACAGCAAAAACUACAAAUCAAACUACAUCAACAACUGCGUCAGCACCUAGAAAACGAGGACGACCCAAGGGGUCUACAUUGAACUCUGCGCCAAGUCUUAAACAUUCAGAUACUGUAUUAGUUGGUGGGUAUAAUAAUAGUUCCUAUGCAGCAAGUAAUGUUUCCACCGCUCUAGGGUCUUGUGGUAUAAGUAGACAAAAUACAGAGCAAGACGCUCUACAUACGAUUGCAUCAAAUAUGCAUUUGAAACAAGAAGAUCUUGCUUCUGUAGAUACUGAUGAAGAUGAAGAUGCAGGACCAGAUCGAAACGGAGCAUCAUUGAAGAGGAGUAAGUUCACCAACCUGAGAUUAAAUAAUGGCGAUUUCACAACACAAGCUGACUUAUUAACUAGUAAGGAGCUUUUUGGAGUAUCGCGAAACGCAUUUGAAAAGUACAACCAUCAGCUACAUAAUGGGCAUACCAAUGGUGGUCAUGGUGGCGAGUUAUUGUUUCAGGCGUAUCAUCAACCGAGUAUCAACUUGUCUCAAGAAAAUCAAAUUUAUAAUGAUUAUUUUGCCAAUUUGUUGUCAUAUUUUUUAGAAGAUGAUAAAGUACGAUCAAAUGAUAUCAUACCAGAAAAGAUUUUAAAUCCACCACAUCCUGUUUCCAGAAUUCAUAUAAACCAACCUAUUGAUAAUGAUAGUAAUACUAUUUUCCAUUGGGCUUGUUCGAUGGGUAAUUUAACCAUUAUUAAUUUCUUGCUUGAUAAAUUCAAGAGUGAAAUAAAUUUCAAUAUCAGAAACAAUCACGGAGAAACUCCAUUGAUGUUUCUGGUCAAGUUCAAUAAUUGUUACCAGUUGGGUAACUUUGAGCAGUUGUUGAAUAUAUUGUUUGAUUCGUUGAUUUUAGUUGAUUCGGGCGGGAAAACAGUACUACAUCAUAUUAUUGAGAGUAAAAAGGAGAAAAUUGCAGCAUAUUAUUUAGAUGUGUUGUUGAAGAGUUUAGUUACAGGCGGUGGUGGGAAUAAUCAACACAGGAGAAAAGAAGAAAGAGAAGACGAGGAAGGAGGAGGAGGAGGAGAACGAGGAAGAGGAGAAGAUGAGGAUACAAUAGACGAGGAAAGAGCCGAGCUUAUUACCAAGUUUAUAAAUCAUCAAGAUUCAGAUGGAAAUACUGCGUUCCACAUUGCAGCCUACAACCUUCAAAAAAAGCUAAUUAAGCUUUUUAUCAAUUAUCACAAGUUUAUCAAUUUCAACUUACGGAAUUUGGUUUCAUGCACGGUAGAAGAUUAUUUGGCGUCACACAAUUAUGUGCUUAGAUUAGAUCAAAGUCUGGAUUAUGAUAAAGAUGAUGGCGGUGGCGGUGGUGACGACGACUAUGAACAGGAGGGAGAUCGUGAAGGAGGGAGAUCAAAUGUGUUGGAAGAGAACAAGGAUAUAAGGCCUGCUUCAUUUGAUGUGCUGAUCAACAAUUCCAAAAUUGCGAUUAAUUUGUACAACAACACUGCCAAUGACAUAACGGAGAAAAUGACACAACUAUCCUAUGUGAUAAACCAGGAAUUGAAUGAAAAGGACGAGCUUGCUCUUACAUAUUUUAAGAUUCUUAACCGAGUGAAUGAAAUCAAAUUAAGUUCACAACGAGAUAUUUUGGCCUUGUUCAAAUUGGAGAGUCUUAUUGAUGAUUUAGUUGAUAAUUGCGCCAAGAUCAAGGAUGACUCUAUGAGCCAAGAUUCUCAAAAUUCGUCAGAGUUGAUAAUUGACACGUACAAUAUUAACUUUAAAAGGGAUCAGAUUAUUCAAGAAGAAAUAUAUCGAUUGAUCAACGAUUUGACGUUUCAAAUACUCCACAAAAGAGAAGAGUUAUUAAUUAUUUUGAAAAAGUAUAAGAACGCUAGAGAAUUUGAAAUUGCAAAACAUUUGGAACAGUUUUCUUUGGAGAAUGGUCAGGGUAAGGAGAACAAUGGUGUUGAUUCUCAUGAUUCUGAUUUAAAUCAAUUUGCUUUAACCAAGUUACUUCAAUUAGAAAUUUCAAAGAAAAGAGAAUUGGUUAAUAGGAUACUAGUCGAGACUGUUCAUGUCCCACUAGCGCCCAAGGACUCAUAUUCGAACUCGGACUCAAGAUCUGCUCAAUCCAAUGAAAAGGAAAAGGGGGCAUCGACAGGAAACUCUUCAAUUAUUGAAAAAUAUGCUGCAGAUCAAGAGAACAUUUUGAUCAAGUAUUGUAAAUUGAUUUCCCUUAGUUGCGGGAUGAAAUUUGAAGAGGUUGAGAGUAACAUCGACUUGAUUGAACAAAGCUUAUUGAGAAACAAAUAG